UUAAAGCAUUUAAUACAGUUAAUUGUGAUAUCACAUUCGUUCCUUGCUUCGCGAUAUAUUGUGGAAUCUUUUCCAUGUACUAAGUACUUAUCUAUAGUCUUUCUUGACGUAAUAAGCAUAUCAUACCAUAAACAUUUAUUGUUUUACCCUAUUCAAGGAACACAUGGUAUUCUCACGGAGCGGUAAAAUAAUUACACGCAUCGAUCAAUGUCGAUUACAUUCUAGCUUGAUUACACGAUUGUGCGUUACAUUAUAAUUUAAUCUCGAAUUCAAUGGCGUACGGAGGUAUAUACCGUCACUUUAAAUUCAUGUUAACAUCAAGUUAACAUUAUCAGUCGAUAAAACUUUGCAUUUUUCGAAAUCGCGUUUCUUCGUAUUUUUAAAAAAAUAAAUUAAGUUUUGUACGUAAUAUAAGAUUCUAUCACGUUUCUCGAUAUCUCUUAUUCUUUAUGAGAUUUCGAAUUCUAUUAAAAAUAAACUUGUUGCAUAAUAUCAAUGUACUAUUGCUUUAAUAUAUCUAUAAUAUAUUGGGCUACAUCAUCAAGAUGAAAAAUCGCUUAAUACCAGAAAGAGCGAUUUUGUUCACGAAACUCAGCGUUGCUCUCACGUGUUCCUGGCCUCCUUCUCCUCUUGCAACCAAAGCUCAACAUCUUUUCUUUAAUGUAUUGUGGUGCAUUGCGUUUUUAACCGCUGUCACAUUAUUUUUACCAUUAUUGGCCGCCAUUUACGAAUAUCGUAAGCAUCCUAUUAUUCUUGGGAAAACGGUGAGCCUUACCGCGGCUGUUGCUCAAGUGACGAUUAAAAUGAUAAUAUGUCGUUUGCAGCAGAAACCUUUUCAAGUAAGUUCAUUACUCGUGCUGUACUCUGAAAUGGAGAACUUUUGCAAACAGGCCACGAACGAAGAAAAGAUCAUACUGCAACGUUACGUUGAUAGAUACAAAUAUUUUCAUAGUUUCUAUAUAUUAUGGAGUUUUCUUACUACGAUAUUCGUCAUAUGCAGUCCAUUGUACACAGCGCAAACAUUCCCCACCCACGCGAUAUAUCCAUUUUCAGUGAGACGUCAUCCAUACAAGGGUUUAAUCUUUUUCCAUCAAUCGUUCGUUGGGUUUCAAGUGUCUUCAGGCAUGGCUGUUGACACUCAGAUCGCUCUUCUUUUACGAUAUGCCGCAGCUAGAUUCGAGAUUUUAGGAAUUCAAUUCAGUAAUGCGAAAUCAGACGGUGAGUUCGACGCCUGCAUAGAGAAGCAUAAUGAACUCUUAAGACAUACAAGGGAAAUUCGACGAUCUAUCAGAUAUCUAAUUUUGGCAACAAAUGGAACAACUGUCAUUGCCGUGAUAUUCGGCAGUUUAAAUUUAAUUGCUAAUCAGCCACUAGCCCUGAAGGCUUUAUACGCUAUCGUGGUGUUCAGUGCCAGCGUGGAACUCUUUAUGUACGCUUGGCCAGCGGAUAGCUUGAUGCACAUGGUAAUCAAAUUAUCACGAUACGAUACAUUUCAAUUGACAAUGAAACAUUUUCAAUUUCAUCUUUUAUCCUAAGACAAUGAAAAUGGCUACAAAAGUGUACAAUAUGGAUUGGUACAGAAGAGACAUCAGAACCCAAAGAAAGAUACUUUUUAUAAUUUUAAGAUCUCAGAAAUACGAAAGUUUUGGGAUUAAUGGUAUUGUACCUGCACUUUCAUUAUCUUAUUACGGGAA